UGCAAUUUUAUUGUAAAGUUCUCGUAGCAUAUUUUGUCAGAUCAACUCUCAAAAUGGCGUUUGCAAAAUAGAAAUUGAAUUUGGACAUUUCGUUCCACUCUACUUUUCUUCAUUUGUGGAGAUUGUCUUGGCCGUAUCAGUUUCUGUCUGUGGCAACCACUAACAAAAAAACCAUGUCGGAGUGUUAUGCAAACGGUUACUAUACUCCGGAAUUUGAAGGAUUCAGCGGGAAUAAACCGCUCUCUUCAGUAGACCCAGAAAUGUACUCACUUGUCGAAAAGGAAAAAGAGAGACAGUUCACUGGCUUGGAGCUUAUAGCCUCAGAAAACUUUACUUCAAGAGCAGUUAUGGAAGCCAACGGUUCCUGUCUUACCAACAAAUAUUCGGAAGGCCUUCCAGGAAACCGAUAUUAUGGAGGAAACGAAAUAAUUGAUAAAGUGGAAAUUUUGGUUCAGAAAAGGGCUCUGGAAGCUUUCGGGCUUUCGGCUGAUCAAUGGGGAGUGAAUGUACAGCCAUACAGUGGCUCUACUGCCAACUUUGCUGCCUAUACUGGGAUCCUCCAAGUUCAUGAUAGAAUAAUGGGUCUUGAUUUGCCUUCUGGUGGACACUUGACUCAUGGGUAUUACACAGCUAAAAAAAAGAUAUCAGCCACUUCUAUAUAUUUCGAAUCCUUUCCCUAUAAGGUGCAUCCAGAAACAGGUCUUAUUGAAUAUGACAAGUUGGAAGAAAUUGCACUGACCUAUAGACCUAAACUUAUUCUCUGUGGAGCGAGUGCCUAUCCAAGAGACUGGGAUUAUAAGCGUUUGCGUUCAAUAGCCGACAAAUGUGGAGCCUAUCUUUUAUGUGAUAUGGCUCAUACCUCUGGUCUGGUUUGUGCAGGCGCAGUUCGGAGUCCUUUCGAGUACUGUGACAUUGUUACCACGACCACUCACAAGUCUUUGAGAGGGCCUAGAGCAGGUCUCAUCUUCUUCCGUCGUGGUCCCAAGAAGGACGUACAAGGUCAAUCAUCCGGUGAAGAAUAUGACUUUGAGUCCAAGAUCAACAUGGCUGUUUUCCCUGGUUGUCAAGGAGGUCCUCACAAUCACACUAUUGCUGCAGUUGGUGUCGCUCUAAAGGAGGCUAUGUCGCCAGAGUUCAAAAAAUACGCGUUUCAAGUUCAAGCCAAUGCACGUGCAUUGGCAGCCGAACUUGAAAAAAGAGGAUAUAAGUUGGCUACUGGUGGAACCGAUAAUCAUUUAGUCUUAUGGGACUUGCGUCCAGUGAAUCUUACUGGUUCCAAGAUGGAAAAAAUUUGUGAUGCUGCGCAUAUAACUCUAAAUAAGAAUGCUGUGCAUGGAGAUACAUCAGCUCUGGUACCUGGCGGUGUUCGUAUUGGAACUCCAGCUCUUACUUCAAGAGGUUUCAAGGAGAAUGACUUUAUGCAAGUUGCCGACUUUUUGGAUCGAGCUGUGAAACUUGCUCUCGCCAUUCAGCAAAAAUCGGGAAAGAACAUUAAGGAUUUCAACAUGGCCUUGAAUGGACAUGAGGAAGUAGAAAAAUUAAGGAAGGAAGUGGUAGAGUUCUCAAAAAAGUUCCCUAUGCCAGGUGGACAGUUGUAGUAGAGUGAGUAUUUGUUUGUGUUGAUUUCCAAAUAAAUUUGAUAGAUUUUGUUGCUGCCCAUGACAGAUACAGUAUCUU